UUCCUCGUCGAAGCUUACGACGAUCUUAUAGGAUAUAUCGAGGCUAAGAUCCUACUAAACAAGUCCUCUAAGUCCGUCAAGUCCUUUAUUUCGCGAUAUAUCCUUUUUGUCGACAAAGGCUCUAAGUUUAAAAGUGAAAUUAAAGAGAUCCUUUGUAAACUAGGUAUUAAAAGAGUUAUUAUUUCGCUAUACAAUUCGUAUAUAAAUAGCGUAAAUAAGGCUAGCUAUAUCCCGAUUGCCACCUUGUUUAUAAAGAUGACUAAUAGUAUAGGAAAGAGGUAG